AUGGACUUGAUGGAAACCGAUCUACAUCAGAUAAUACAUUCUUCUCAGAAACUCACGGACCAACACAAUCAGUACUUUCUUUAUCAAAUACUAUGCGGGUUAAAGUACAUGCACUCUGUCGGCAUUGUUCAUCGGUAUCAUUAUAUUUCACUAAUAUUAUAUUUUAUCGAUAGAGAUCUUAAGCCGAGCAAUUUACUUAUAAAUGGAGACUGUCUACUAAAAAUGUAUAUUGAUCCUAUUAUUGCAUGUUUAAGACGUUUAUUCUUUUUAGAGCUGAUUUUGGAUUAG